CUGUCUUGCCAACGUGAGGAGAAAGGCUAUGAUGAUGAUGGCAGGAGACUCUUCAACUUGGAGAUAAGAAGAAAGAGUUUCUCCGUCCAGUUUUAUUCUACACCAUAUCAAUUCAUUUUUGCCUCUAUUGCCAACCCUCCUCAUUCUAUUCCGCACAGCCACCGUUCCCUUCCAUCUCUCGUGGGUGGAGACCGAGCUCCAGCUCUCUCCAGUAAAAUACCACCCGAAACGCCGUAAUUCAUCGCGUGCCACUCCGUCCAUCCAGAACUUCUUCCCCAUUUCUCAAGGCUUGAAGAAGUUCCGACCAACUGCCCGACCGACGACCGCACCCUCUUCAUCAGCCACCCUCAUACCCUCCGAAACCUCAACCCUUGUAUGGGCUUGAUAGCCUCAUACUAAACGUCACCCUCCUGGUCGGUGUUGCUGUCAUGGACAGGCACCGCCGUGAUGAGUCGCCUUCCGGUCUAUCAGAUAUUGUCGAGCAGGAUGGUCUUUUAGGUACCGGCAUAACGACUCGUCACCUUGAGGCUUUUGGGCGGAAAGUUACAUCGACUGCUGGGCAUUUGAUGGGACCUACUUCCGAGUCUUCCAACGGCGGCCACUACCACAACGCUAUGGUCGACAUUCAGCGCGAGCUGCGACGGCCUGCCGCGCAGCGCAAUGUUUUCUCCUUAACCCAAACCACUCCAACCGAUCUGGUCCGCUCGAAAUUGUCUACCUCCGAGAUUCAAUCGCGAGCGAUCUCCUCCCUUCCCGAUGACCUUCUCAUGAACAUCCCUGAAGACAGCAGUUCCUAUUCGCUCUUCCAAGGAUUUCAAGCCUCUCAGGAUGACAUUGAAUAUAGAAAGGCUCAUCGCCGGCGCUCAUCCAAGAGCAAGAAGUUAUUGAAAGAUGGGGAGGCACACGCCGCCCUGCCUUCUGCGCCCGCGGAUUUGAGAAAGGAACGGGAUCUACUCAGUCGUAGGAUGGACCUCAUGGGUGUUCGCAAGAACAUGUGCAGCUCGGAGAUACAUGAAAUAGACAACAAGAUUGCGAACUUGCACAAUAUGCGCAAAAUUGUCUUAGAUCGUUUAGCCCAUCUAGAGAUGGAAGAAGCCGAAUUGGAGCAUGAAUUGACGGAGGUUGAUAACAAACUAGAAGACAUCGAAGAAGAGGAAGCGGCACACGCGCAGGCUCAGGCCCCAACAACCCCGAAGUCAUCAGAAGCAAACGACGACUCAACCGUCUCGGAGGAUCCUUCAAUGGAUGCAUCCUUCAUGUCGGAGUCCAUUUACCAAAAGAUUCCUUCCCCGAAGAGUGUCAAGCAAAGGUCCAUAAGGAAACGCUCGAUGCCUAUUCUGCAUGAACACUUUAGUCCCGGGUCCGAGAUCAAAGAAAUGGCGGCCCAUUCUGACAUGGUCACAGCAAUUGAUUUCGACUAUCCUUUCGGUACUAUGAUCAGCGCCGCGCUGGACGAUACGGUGCGGGUGUGGGAUCUCAAUGUUGGCCGUUGUGUUGGUUUCCUGGAAGGUCAUAAUGCUUCCGUCCGCUGUCUCCAAAUCGAGGAUAACAUUGUUGCCACGGGUUCAGUGGAUGCAUCUGUCAAGCUAUGGGAUCUAAGUCGCGCCCGAACAAUGACCACUCGCGACAACCGUAUCACCCGCCGCGAUGACAGAGAUGAGGAGACUGUGCCAGCCGAUGACGCCUCGGUAGCAUCACAUUCUACUACGCUAGAGGACUGCUAUGUUUAUUCACUAGAUGCCCACGUUGAUGAGAUCACCGCGCUUCAUUUCAAGGGUGACACCCUGAUAUCAGGCUCUGCUGACAAGACACUGCGACAGUGGGAUCUCGUCAAGGGGCGCUGUGUUCAAACGCUCGAUGUAUUGUGGGCGGCCGCGCAGGCGUCGUCGCUGGGCGGGGAUUCGCAAUGGCGCCCGUCGGGACGCCUGCCAGACGCGUCAGCGGAUUUUGUCGGGGCCGUUCAGUGCUUCGACGCCGCCCUGGCCUGCGGCACAGCAGACGGUAUGGUCCGUCUCUGGGAUUUGCGCAGCGGACAGGUUCAUCGUAGCCUGGUGGGCCAUACUGGCCCUGUUACCUGCCUACAAUUCGACGAUGUGCAUCUGGUCACCGGAAGUCAAGACCGCAGUAUCAGGGUGUGUUGUUCUCCUCCUCAAUUUUGUUGCUCAAGUGCUAAACGCCACCAGAUAUGGGACCUCCGAAUGGGAUCGAUCUAUGAUGCCUAUGCAUACGACAAGCCCAUCACCAGCAUGAUGUUCGACACCAAGCGGAUUGUUGCGGCUGCAGGCGAGAACGUCGUAAAGGUCUAUGACAAGGCCGAUGGUCAUCACUGGGAUUGUGGCGCUGGAGUCGGCGCUGAUGAAAAUGGCCCAUCGCCUGCAACAGUCGAGCGGGUGCGCCUCAAGGAUGGCUUCCUUGUUGAAGGUCGCAAAGACGGCGUCGUUGCUGCUUGGACCUGUUAAGAUUUGAGAUGACCAUGCUUCUAUGACUUGCAAAACCCGCUGCCACGUACAUGUUAGCAUUUGGAUGGCUCUGUAUUUUGCGACUGCUUUGAUCGCCUCAGCGACUGUACAUUAUCUUUCCAUUUGGCCAACAUAGAAAGGGAAACAAGGCGCCUUACGGCCGGUGCCGCGAUUGUAUACUAGUUUAUUAUUGAUACAAGGUACCCUUCUCGUGGCUACUCCACCAUUCGAUAAUAACCUGUCCCUUUGUUCAAAGCUGAAACAUGCUUCUAAGAGGCCAUGCAUAAAAAUAGCUAAGCAAAUAAAGAACGCUGAAAACACCAUUGGUGAUCGUGGUCGACAUGAAACAACAUAAAGAGCCACCAGGAGCAAAUGAUUCAGUGCUCAAUGCCUAAGGACUGUCGCCAUGAGCUCAUCCUCACGCAUGCCAGACAUCUAUGAUCCUCUCUACAAUUCAU